AUGUCACAAAAUCGGCCGUCGGCGUUUCAAGGCUUGAGGAUGGGUGGUAUGGCACUCCAAGCACGUGAUACCCGUUGGUAAGGCAUUGAGCUAACAUCCACCGCAGAAGUCAUUCGCGAGAAGGUUCAGGAUGGCCUCACAGGCGAGACCAAGGAGAUGCAAUACACCCAGUGCAAGAUUGUGGGCAACGGCAGCUUUGGCGUAGUAUUCCAGACCAAGCUCUCACCCUCGGGUGAGGAUGCAGCCAUCAAGCGGGUCCUACAGGACAAGCGUUUCAAGGUACGCUCGACCGAAUCCGCGACACCUCAGUAUGAGGUGGACGACGCCGCUGCUGACCUCUAUCAGAACCGAGAACUCCAGAUUAUGCGCAUCGUCCGCCAUCCAAACAUUGUCGAACUCAAGGCGUUCUACUACUCCAACGGUGACAGGGUCCGAGACCUCGAUAAUAAGAUGGGUGUGCAAACAGCUCUGAUUCAGGCGCAGAAAGAUGAGGUCUACCUGAACCUCGUGCUCGAAUUCGUCCCCGAGACCGUCUACCGAGCCUCACGACACUUCAACAAGCUCAAGACGACCAUGCCGAUCCUCGAGGUCAAGCUGUACAUCUACCAGCUCUUCCGCUCGCUCGCCUACAUCCACUCCCAGGGUAUCUGCCACAGAGACAUCAAGCCGCAGAAUCUGCUCCUGGACCCGCAGUCUGGCAUCCUGAAGCUUUGCGACUUUGGCAGCGCAAAGAUCCUGGUGGAGAACGAGCCAAAUGUCUCGUACAUCUGCUCGCGAUACUACCGCGCUCCAGAGCUCAUCUUUGGCGCGACCAACUACACCACCAAGAUCGGUAUGUCCUCCCCAUUUCGAAAUGCAACAUUACGCCUAAUCUCCGUAACUUCGGAGAACAUGUGCUAACAGCUUCCAUCAGAUGUUUGGUCCACCGGCUGCGUCAUGGCGGAGCUGAUGCUCGGUCAGCCGCUAUUCCCAGGCGAGUCUGGCAUUGACCAGCUGGUGGAGAUCAUCAAAGUUCUUGGCACGCCGACUCGCGACCAGAUCCGGACUAUGAACCCGAAUUACAUGGAGCACAAGUUCCCUCAAAUCAAGCCGCACCCAUUCAGCAAGGUAUGAUUUGAUCUGCAGAGCUUAUAUGAGAAUCAGGGCUGAUAACAUGUCUAUUUAGGUGUUUAGAAAGGCCGACCCUAAUGCGAUCGACUUGAUUUCGCGGCUGCUUGAGUACACGCCGACGCAGCGCCUGUCGGCUAUUGACGCCAUGGUGCACCCGUUCUUCGACGAGCUCCGAGAUCCCAACACGAAAUUGCCGGACUCUCGCCACACCAACGGAGGCAGUAAGGAGCUGCCAAAUCUCUUUGAUUUCUCCCACCAUGGUGAGUUCGCGCCCAAGCCAAUGUUUCAAAUGGUUCCACGCUGACACGUAUCCACAGAGCUGUCGAUUGCAACCCAACUCAACCACCAGCUUGUGCCAGCGCACAUGAAGCCGGUCCUGGCCGCCAAGGGACUGGACAUUGACAACUUGACACCGCUGACCAAGGAUCAAAUGAUUGCUCGUCUGGAUUGA